AAAUUACACUAAAUAAAUUUUUUUACAUAAAAAUUAUCUAAAUUAUUUUUACAAUAAAUUUGUGAGCAAAGUUUUCCAAAGUGUAAUUACGUAAUACGAUGUAUAGAAAAAAUUUAAUUGGAGACUAUAGAAUUAAUAGCGAUCAUGAAGACAAUGUACGGCGGCGUCGCAAAGAAACUUUCAUUUCUAAUCAUUUUACUUCAAUAUCACGAACAUAUUGAAUGAAUAAUUAUCAAAAUGACAGAUAAAGAGCGGGCAUUAGUAGAAAAAGAAUUUAAUAACGUAAGUUUGCUAUUACUGUGGAGCAAAAAAUUUUUAACAAUCGGCGGAAUAUGGCCAUUAGAUAAAACUUACAAACGGGCAACAGUAUGGACAGUUUAUUUAACAUUUCAUUUGAUAAUGGAGUACGCGGAAUUACUGGCAGUUUUUGGUGAUCUUGAAAUGAUGGUACUCAGUGUACUCGAAUCAGUAAUGCAAAGUAUGGUUUACACGAAAUUGUUCGUUUUUCGAUACAGUAUUAUGCUGAGGCAUUUAAUACACGCGAUUAUAGAAGAUUUUGAGAAUGACUACUACGAUAAUUGGGAAGAAAAAAAAAUUUAUUUAGAGUACAACGCUUUGGCGAAAUUAUUUUACAAAAUUUCAAUGCCUUACAUUAUUGUUGCGGCUUCUUUGUAUUAUUUAAGGCCUAUUUUGACUUAUUAUGUCAUAAUGCCACUCAUAACAGAUACAAGUAAUUUUACAUUCUUAGUGCUUCCAUUCCAGUUGAAAACAUUUAUCCCUAUUGAAACGACUCAAUCAUACUUCAUAAUGUACGGAUACUUAUCACCGAUGGUCUACUUGUUAGUAUGCCACAACGCAUGGAUUUGUUUAUUAAUAACAAUGGUACUGCAUAUUUGCGGGCAAUUAGCGGUACUUAAUCAUCGAAUCAAAAAAAUUCCCGUAGAUAUUGAUGAAGAUAAAGUUCAAAUUAUUUUUAGACGACUUGUUAGACGUCAUAUGAGAUCUGUUUGGAUGGCAAAGACACUUGACGAUACAUUUCAUUUUGUUCUGCUAAUUGAUUUAGUUGGCACUACCAUACUUCUGGGAUUGAUGUCAUAUAUUGUGAUAAUUGGCUCAAGUAUGAGUGAAAGUUCAAUUGGAUAUGUUUACAUCAUAUGUGCAAUUGCAACAGUAUUUUUGCUUUAUGGUUACUGUAUUGUCGGCGAAUGUUUACUUAAUGAGAGUAGAAAAAUUAAUGAAGCGUAUUAUGAAUGCUUAUGGUACAAAGCGUCGCAUGAAUUUCGCAAGUCAUUAUUAAUUUGUUUAAUUGAAACUCAGGAGCCGCUGAAAAUUACUGCUGGAAAGUUUUUCACGUUUUCAUUGUCAGGUUUUACUGAUGUUUUAAAAACGGCGAUGAGUUAUUUGUCGAUGUUACGUAAACUGACACGGGAAGAUUAAUAACUUUUUUUUUUAUUUGCAAAUAAAUAUUUUAAUAAUAGAAAAAUUAUAAUUUAUUGAUUCUGGACUCGACUAAUUAAUUAAUAAAUGUAUUAUUUAUUUAUUUAGUUAUUAAGGAACGACAGACUAGUUCAAUCAAAGCGACAUAUCUUAUCUACAAACUAUAUAAAUUUUUAUUUACGUGAAACAUUCAUAGUAUUUGGAACAGUUAAGAAAUCAAAUUACAAUUAAAAUUUAUGACUAGAAAUGAGUUAAGUGAAACUGGAGAAUUAUCAUUAUUAACAUAUUUUUGAGGAUUUGCUAUUUCAAAGGGGUUCGAAGGAUAUAAUUUAGGAAUAGAAUGAUUUUUCGGGAUUUUUGAUAUUUUUGUCUCAUUAAGAAAGGAGAACAAAGAAUAAAAAACGUUUGAAUUGUGUGGAGUUAUUUCUUUCAGGAACAAAUCUAUGGAUGUUUGAAGGCACUAUAGAUCCUAUUUUCCCGUGUAAAAAAAUUAUUGUUCAUAAUGAAUUUGAAUUAAAGGAUCUACAUGCUUUCAAGCGUCGAUAGAUCUCCUUCUGUAAGAAUCCACACAAUGCAGACGAUUUUUGUUUUUUAUAAUGUCCUCCAUACAAAUCCCCUAGACAUUAUUUUAUUUUUAAAAUUAAUCAUCUAAAUCCCUUAAGAAUUACAAAUCUACUAACCCGUGUAAAAAAAAAUUUCGUUCAUAAUGAAUUUAGAUCUGAAUUUCAUGACGAAACUCAGAACGUGACACAAAUAUGACUUUCAUCAUGAAUUUGUAUCAUCAACUUUAAUCACUUCAAAAUUAUGACAGUAAAAUCUAAAUCCAAGUGAUCCGAAGUUCAUUCACUAAAUUACUUCUACAAUCGAAACCGAUUUACGUAAAUCGAGUACUUGAUAGAAGCAGUUUAUUGGCAAUUUCUGAAUCGAUAAAUAUGACAAAAGGUUUUAUCCAGUAAAAAAUCAGUCAAGUUUCUAUCGAAGUCAUCCCAAGUCCAAUUCAAAGACGUAAUAAAUUAAUUUUAUAAUUGGUACUGAUUUACUAGACGAAAAGUUGGAAUAAAUUCAUGAUGAAAGUCAUAUUUGUGUCACGUUCUGAGUUUCGUCAUGAAAUUCAGAUCUAAAUUCAUUAUGAACGAAAUUUUUUUUUACACGGGUUAGUAGAUUUGUAAUUCUUA